UUUAUUUGUAUGUUUGUUUGAUGCGCUUGUGGUUUCGUUUACAUACAACAUUUCUCAGUCUUACGUUUAUCACGUUGUACUGUUAAUCUGUCGUUCUUGCAUUGUUGCAUUUUUUCUAUCGAAAGUAUGUGUUUUUUUUUGUUUUUGAAUAUUUGUGAAAUGUUUGGGUUAAAUUUAAACGGAGAAAAGUACGCAUAGCUGCUUCGAGUGCUGUGGCAUGCAGCGAAACGCCACGAUAAUAUAAUAACAAAAACAACUGGCGACAACGACGCGUGAAAAACUGUAAAAAAGCAACAGAAAAAAACGCGGAAAUGCACUUGAGCGCAUAAUUUUUAUAAGUCACCAGCGACAACAAAAAUAAAAACAAAACGCGCAAAAAAACAUAAAGAAAGAAAUUACUUGUCAGCAAAUUGCAGUAGUUGCCAAAGAAGAAGCCACAACAAACACAGAAAAUUCUCUCAAACACACAUAAAUAAACAUAAGCAAUCUUCACACACACACGCAUACGCACCUAUAUACACAGAUAUACAUAUAAAAAUACCUUUGCCGUUUGGACGCCCUCGUCCCGUCUCUUUUGCGAGAGCGCGCGCGCCUGCGCUUUGUGUUGGUGUGUGUGUGUGAGGGAGAGAGAGCAAUGAUGAGCGCGGCGCCUGAGUGUGGCAGCAGCAGGAACAACAAUUAAAAAGCAAGCGCGCAAAAAUGUUGCAGGCGCAUUGUGACGCCAGCAGCACAACAACAACAACAGUAUCUAGAAGAAGCGCGGACAGCGGCGACAGCGUCACUGCAGCAGCGACGCCAACGCAGGAGGAGAAGACACAGCGUCGACGCUCCACAUUUUAUGUGCCGUUGCUUAUCGAGGACGAGGAUAAGACGGAGAGCAACGAGCCAGACGAGCAACGCCAUCUAGCGUCACACAGCAGCAGCAGCAGCUCCAGUUUGAGCAGCAGCAGUGUAAAAAAGUCGACCAAAAUAAAAUCGAAGAAAAUGUCGCCGCCCUGCGGGUUCAAUUGGAGCAUUACGGGCAGCGAUGUUGCCGCACACUAUUCCGACUCGGAUGAUGAAGAGGAACAACAGCAACGUCAUCGACAACAAUUGCUCAAAGCAGCAGCAGCAGCCGCAGCAACAACAACAACAUCAACCUCAACAACAACGCCCGCUUCGAAGCUGAAGCGUUAUGGAAUUGUGUUGAAUGUAAUUAGUCUCAAUGGUAGCGGCGGCGUCGUCGUCGAAGAGAACGCUGGCGAACCCUUGCCCGAUAUGCCGCCAGAUGGCGCCAGGUGUGCGCCACGCACUCAUUUCAAUGAAGAUAACGACAUUGUGAUGGCAACGCCGCCUAAACAGCAGGCGCUCUCUCGCUCACGAUCCCCCCCAGCUGACGUUGACGUCGACGCUGACGUCGAUGACGUCGACGAUGAGGAUGAUGACUCAGAGAUAAGCCGCAUGCAGACGAACACCUCAACGCCGAUUAAAUUAAUGAAAUCGCGUUCGCGCACAAACAUUUUGGCCGUGCCACUGCCAACAGUGGAACGCGGUCUGGCAACGACGCCAGCAGAAACAGCAACGAAAACCACAACAACGCUGAUCACACUGCGCGCCAAGGCGAAAACGCUACCGCAGAAUUUAACGGCUUCAGUUGCACUGCGCGAGGCGGCAGCACUGGACGAUAAUACAACAACGGCAACAACAUCGUCGUCGCACUACAACAAUAAUAACAACAACUCAAACAAACAGCUGCAUCAGCUGUUUGGUUCCGGUUCCGGUUCCGGUUCGGGUUCAGUUUGCAGUGGUUCACCGUACAAAUUGCAGAACAGCAUCUCCGCCGCUUCGAUCAUCAUCACGCACAGUUUUCCGCCCAAGAAUCUGUUUCUGCUCAAAUCGACGCCCAAAUUGAGCACAGAUACCACGCCCCCUACGCCCACGCACCAGGCACAACAGACAACAACAGUUAUCACAUCGCCGCCGGCCAAGAAAUCGCUCAGUUUUAUACGACGCGCCCAUUCCACAAAAUUAUCGCGUAGCAAUUCGCUGCUGAAGACCAUCGGAGGAGGAGGUGUUGGAAUAGGAGGAGGCGGAUCAGCUGGCAUGUCGAAUGGUCUGGGCAAUAGCGGGGGGGCAGGUGUUGGGGGUGGAGGUGGAUUGCACCAUCAUCAUUAUGGCACAUCGCUUUCAGCGUCGAGUAGCUGCGCCAGCGACGCAGGUGGCAGCUGGGGCAAACAUUUCUAUCAGAGCUACGAUGUAUGUCCGCUGGGCCUGGACGAGCUGAGCGCCUACUUUGAGACCGAUCACUGUCAGCAGCUCAUCCGCGAGCGUUUCAUGAUCAAGGAUCUCAAUCUGCACUCGACCACGACAACAACAACAACAGCAAAUACGAGUUGCAUUGCGACAACAGCAACUGGAGGAGAAACGGAAGGAGGAGGGGGAGGAGAAACAUCCACAUCGGAGCAGCAGGACGAUGAUGCGGGACAUCAUUCCGAUACUUCAUAUGAGAAGGCCUGUCGUCGCGGCUCGGCGCCCACAACGCCCAUCCUGGGCAGCAAACAGCAUCAGCAGGAGCACAAUGCCGCCUCCCGCUUCACCAACUUCUUUUCCAAAAGAUCGAAUCCCCUUAAACGCACCAAGUCAGUGACCAAAUUGGAGCGCACCAAGCGCGGAUCGGGCGGUCUGCGCGGCUCGCGUUCUCACGAGAGUCUACUCUCCAGUCAUGCGGUCAUGUCCACCAUCGAUUUGUCCUGCAGCGGAGCUGUGGGCGUGGCGCCCGUACACCAAUCGGUGCUGGGUCGUCGACAUUGCUUUCAGGUGCGCGGCGGGCCGCGCGGCGAGCGUUACUAUUCGUGUGGAUCGCGACAGGAGCGAGACCUGUGGAUCUACUCGCUGCGCAAGUCGAUAGCACCGAAUGCGGAGCACACUCGCCGCACCGACAACUCGCUGAAGCUGUGGGUGUACGAGGCAAAGAAUCUGCCCGCCAAAAAGAAAUACUUCUGUGAGCUGCAGCUGGACAAGACGCUGUACGGCAGGACGAGCGUGAAGCUGCAGACGGAUCUGUUGUUCUGGGGCGAGUACUUUGACUUUCCGGAUAUACCCGAGAUCAAUGUGAUCACCGUCAACGUUUUCCGUGAGAUUGACAAGAAGAAGAAGCGAGACAAAUACCAAUUUGUCGGCUCGGUGAAGAUACCAGUGCACGAGGUGACCUCACGCCUAAUCUGCGAGGACUGGUAUCCCAUAUUGAGCGACAAGGCCGGCGAUAGUCUGGGUCGCACCGGUCUCGGCAAUAAGGAUAAGGAGCGUGAGCUGUUGCCAACAUUGCGGAUUAAGUGCCGUUUCCAGAGCACCGACAUUCUGCCCAUCAAUGUCUAUGCCAAUUUCCUGGCCUACCUCAAGGAGAACUACAAACGCGUCUGCGAAACUCUAGAGCCGGUGAUUGGUGUCAAGGCCAAGGAGGAUAUUGGCCAGGCACUGGUUCUGCUUAUGCAUGCCCAGGGACUGGCCGGCGCCUUCCUCACCGAUGUCGUCGCCCUCGAUUUGCUCCGCGUGGGCGAUCAGCGUUUAACAUUUCGUGGCAACUCGCUGGCCACCAAGAGCAUGGAGGCAUUCCUCAAACUAACCGGGGAACAGUAUCUGCAGGACACACUCUCGGCGCCCAUCAACGAGCUGAUCCAAUCGGAGCGCGACUGCGAAGUGGACCCCACCAAGACGACGGGCUCCUCGGCCGGCUCGCUGCAGCGUCAGCAGGCAGCGUUGCGUGGCGCUGUCCGCAGUGCCUGGCAGUGUAUCUAUGAGUCGCAUAAGCAUUUUCCGCCACAGCUGCGCGCCUGCUUUGCCACGUUCCGGGAGCGAUUGCAGCAGCUGGGCCGCCAGGAUAUGGCCGAUAAUCUGAUCUCGGCCAGCAUAUUUUUGCGCUUCCUAUGCCCGGCGAUACUGUCGCCGUCGCUGUUCAACAUCACCAGCGAGCUGCCGUCGGCGCGUGCCACACGCAAUCUGACGCUGGUCGCCAAAACGCUGCAGACUUUGGCGAAUUUCACACGCUUCCAGGGCAAGGAGAACUUCAUGGAGUUUCUCAAUGAUUUUCUCGAACAGGAGGCCGGACGCAUGCAGCAGUUCCUCGAGUACAUUUCCACACGGCCCGAGCACGCCACGCCCGACUCCAUUCUGGACUGGGCGGGCUACAUCGAUCAGGGCAAACAGUUGUCCAUCCUGCACAGCCUGCUCAGCGAGAGUCUGGCCAAGUUGCCAGAGGCGCGCCAGCACGAACUCGAUCCGCUGCAGCACAUCCUGGACGACAUCAGUCGUGCCAAGGAGCUAAAUGGCGGGCAUGCUUUGGCAUCGGGCUAUCUGCCCACGGUUAUGUCAUCCACGCAAGAGAAUCAGGAGAAUCGUCAGCCCGAAAUGGGUCAACAGCAGCAGCCCCAGCAGCCCCAGCAGCAGCAGCAAUCAGCACAGUUGGCUCAACCUCAACAUGCUGUGGUCAGUAAACCGCUGCCCGCGGAACGUGGCAUUAUGCGAGGCGUUCUCACGCCCAGCGCGCUCGAGAAGAACAUUUUUCGCUACAAUGAUCCCACAGUGAAUGUGCGACUGCAACAGCAGCAACAGCAACAACAGCAACAGCAGCAGCAACAGUUGCAGCUGCUUUCCAAUUCGCAGAGCUCGAUUGCGGGCGCUGGUGUUGGCGGUGGUUCUGGUUGUGGUGGUGGUGUCUACAUGAGUUCACCAGUGCUGCAGCAUGCACAAUCGCAAAGCUCGAUGGCAUCCUCGUCACUGAAUGGCAGCAGCAGUAAUCUGUUGAUGCCACAACAACAUCAACAGCAGCAGCAGCAGCAGCAACACUGUCCGCCGGCGCCGCAAACAAGCGCCUCCAGCACCAUGGAGCGCAUCGAUCGAUUGGGUCUGGGUGGUGGCUAUCAGUAUGUGGUCAAUGGUAAUGGCAACGAUUAUGACAGCUCCACCAGCGGCUCUCGGGCGCGCACCUUGCCACGCAACAAUAACAACAGCAACAGCAGCACCAACAACAACAACAACAACAACAAUCAACAACAUUGUAACAAUAGCGUUGUCUUUGAUGACAUGCACGGCGAAUUCAUUCAAAUCUCUGGCUUGGACACCAGCAGCGCCUUUGUACGCAAAUCUCCAACUCCUAUGCUUAAGGCGUCAGCAGCUGGCGGUGUUGUUAGUGGUAAUGGUGGCUGUGUUGCAGCGCCACGUGCUGCACGCAUCAAUCAUCACAAUCUGAACCUAAAUCUGGGCAUACCAGAUCACUCUAGCAAUUAUCCGCGUGCACCGCUCAAUCCCAACUCGAAUAUGCCCAAGAACCUCGAGGAUCUCGAUGAUCUCUUCAAAUAUGCCGAGGAGCAGGAGGUGAUUGUUGAACCACCGCCGCCCAAUGCGCAUCUCCACAACCACAAUCACAAUCACAACCAUAGCAGCAGCAGCAGCAAGCAGCAGCUGUCGGCGAAGAGCAGCCACUGCAGCUCUGGCUAUCAGAGCAUCUCAACCAAUCCCUCGCCCGCACAAUCCUCCAGUCCCGUUGAGACUCAACUCCACCAGCAGCAACAGCAGCAGCAGCAGCAGCAGCAGCAGCAACAACAACAAUCAUCGCUUAAGCUUAGCGCGCCGCUUGCCUUUAAGAAUCCCUCGUAUCAGUUGCAGAGCGUCAACAGUGGCAAUGGCAACAACGGCGUCAUCGUUGGCGGCUCCUCGUCGGCGUCGUCGAGUCGUGGCAAUGCCACGCCCCAACAGGCAUUUGGUGGGCGGCAGGUAAAGAAACUGGGCCCAGGUCUGGUGGCUGCACGCGCCGCCUUCCUUAACAAUGGCGGCACCUUGGAUGCGGCCACACUAACGCCCAGCUCCUCGGAUGAGCAGCUCUCGGCGGAUAACUAUUAUAGCUAUGCAGCGGCAGCGGCUGCCGGCGCCACAGUCACUAACAAAUUGGAGGCGCAACGCUCUCUGAGCGGCGGCAGCAGCUCCUCCAAUUCGAAUUCGAGCAAACCCACGCACGCCUACGGUCGCCUCAAUGGACCUGGACCCAUCAAGCGUGAGGAUGUCUAUGGCAGCUCUGGCGGCAUUGGUGUUGCCUAUGCCAUGUCCACGUCGCACCAUCAUCAGCAGCAGCAGCAGCAGCAACAACAACAACAACAGCAGUUACAUCCACAUACACAUCACCACCAACAGCAGCAGCAGCAGCAGCAGCAGCAUCGUCAACAGCAGCAGCAGCAGCAGCUGCAGGAUCAUAAGCAAUAUGCCAGCAGCACUGGCGGCGGCGGCGGGAGCAGCGCAGCCACAUCCUCGACAGCGGUGGCACAGCGCAGGCUCAGCCUUGACUCGGCUCGAACGCUCUCCGACAGCAGCACCGAUACGGAAGGUCACUGCACACAACUGCAGGAGGGCAAACGGCGUCGUCAGCUACGCAGCAGCGGUGGUGGUGGUGGUGCUGGCGCCUCAGAGUCAUCUGGUCUGGGCAUGAGCCUGGCCCUGGGCAUGGCCAAGGGGUACGAUCAGAAUGGCGAGAUUCAGCUGCUGCAGGAGACGCUCGACACGCUGCGACACACGCUCGAUCGCGACGAGGCCGAGCUCCGUGACUCGAGCGAUGAGCUGUUUGCCUUGCAGCGACCUGGUGGCGCUAACGGCAAUGGAGUUAACAAUCUGAGCAUGCAGUCGGAGUCCACAAUGCGCAGCAUUAUCGACAGGCAAACAUUUUGCAGACUCAUCACCAUGGAGGAGGAGCUGCGGCGCGAGCAGCUCAAAAUGUCGCUGGCGCUGUCGCACAAGCAGCGCGUCAUCGAGGAGCAGGGACAGCAGAUUGCGGCGCUAGACGCUGCCAACAGUCGGCUGCUGAGCGCUUUGACAGCGUUGCGUCAGCGCUACGAGACGCAGCAGCAGCAGCAACAACAACAACAGCAGCAGCAACAGCAGCAGCAAGCACCAAAGAACCAGAAGCCACAGUGAGCGGUUACGCAGCGGUUACGGAUGGAACGGAGCGGAACGGAACGGAGCGGAGCGACGGCAAACGGGGUUAAGAAUGCAUGUAGAGCAGCUCGCCUCCCCUCCUUGUAUUAACCCAUUAAGCACACACCCCCAACACAAACACACACACACACACACGCACACACACACAAGUUAAGGACACCGCCGUUGUCGUCGUUUUUUUUAUUUUAUUGUAAUAAGAAACAUUUUUGUUCACCAUAUUUUUUU